AUGGCCACACAGCACCAGGGCGGGCUGCCCGUCUCCAUAGCACACCAACAACAGCAUUUCCGCCUGCUCGAGCUGCCCCCGGAAAUCGUUGAGCUGCUGGACAAGCCAAAUCCUCCGCUACUGUCCAUCAAAUCGCAAGCUUUUUCCGCUGCUACUAGCACGCAUAACGCAAAGCCCGCAUAUGCCGUACUCUGCACCCCGGGCAAGUCGUUCCAGGUGCGCCAGGUCCAGACGUCCAACUCGCUCUUCGUGACCCAGCCAGCCCUCGAAGCCCAUGGCAACGAGAUCCCAAUCCCUGUCACACGCGCAAUUGCUCUGUGCAGCUCCACACUCGAGCUCUAUGCCUCUUCUGCCUCUGCCAUUGCCUUGUUGAGAGAGGUGCUCCCUGUGUACGACAUUGUUGCUGGCGACGUUGAUGCCACUCCUAACGGCAUGACCAAGGCUGGUAUAUUCAACGACAUGCCCUUGUCCGAUGGAGAGUGCCAGGCAGGGUGGAGGCAGCUCAUGGCCUUUGACACAAAUGAGGGCUCGUAUCAGCCAUCCCCGAGCGCUCUCUCCCAUGUAUGGAGAUCCAUCAUUGCUGCUGCGUUGGCAGAGGGGAUCCCCCUCGACAAACAGUUCAUGACCAGCGACAUUGCAACGGCCGUAGCUGAAGAAGGGCACCCCGCUCCUCUCACACAAGCCGUGCUUGCGUACUUGGCAACGGAUGACACUGACAGGAGCGGACCGUGGUCCUGUCUCGACCGAGCAAAGACAGUCGCCUUCACCGGGAAAACCCUGCUAGAUGCCAGGCAUGGUGCUGACUUUUUGAUUGCUGAUUUCACUGACACGUGGGAGGAUCGCCUACCAGAAGUAUGGCGCAAAGAUGCUAAGCUUACAGCCAUUGAAGGCUUUUAUGAAUUUCCUUCAGAUACAACCAUCAAGGCAAAGGGCAAGGCUGCAUCGGCCCUGGUGGUGGACAACGGAACGACAGCUGUAAAGCCAUCGGCGCGUAAGUGGCAUGAAAAAUUUGCCAAGACGAGAAACAAAUAG